AUGCAUAUUAGUCUAGUACUUUUAUUUUGUGUUUUUAUUGUUGCGAUUAAUGCAGCUGCAACUAAUAUAACAGGUCGUGUUGACCAAGUUAACGCUGUACAUCUUACACCGAAAGCAGCAGUAGGAAAAUCACCUUAUGAUUAUUUACGAGCUGUUAGUGGUAAAACAUCAUGUACCACCGGACCAUGUCCAUUUUGGGAACGACAUGGACGUUCAUUUGUAUCACUUCGAUGUUACGAACAACAAUACAAAGAAUGUACUUGUCUUCAUCGUCUGUGCUUCAAAUCAUGCAUGUUUAAACGUGAAACCUGCAAUCAAGAAAUGGCUUCAUGUUUACGACAAAUAUGUCCACGAUGUUUGCCGGCUUCUCAACUGGCUAUUUGUAAAAUAUACGAUUCAACGGUUGGACAAGUGGCUAAAGCACUCUCAAAAUUUACUUGCUAUUCAUCCUGUCCUAUGUUGAUGAAUAACAGCACCAACAAUAAACCAACUGCUAAACCAGGAACAACAACUCGUAAACUAGCAACAACAACUCAACCACCUAUCAAUAAUAUGCGACCAAUAGAAAAUGGAAUGGCAACAAUACGAACAAAUCAAGCAGUAAAUUCAGCAAAUGGUCGUCCAAAAAAUGCAGUUGCUUCAAAAAUCGGCAACAAACCAAAUAGUGCAGCUCCAAUGAAUACAAAUGGAAAUAAUUCACCUGUUCUAGGUGCACGUCCUGGUAACACUCUUCCAAACACUAUCGACAACAUCAUUAAUGCCAAUCGAGCUCCACAAAUACCACGUCAAGAAACAGAAAGUAGUUUCGACUCCUCGAACACCAACUACUAA